AUGACGCCUUUCUCCUUCCUCUUCGCCCUUCUUCUUUAUGUCCUUACGGUCGGUGCCAGAGCCUUAGGAUCUCACUCGUCACCCAUCCUUCCCAGAGCAGGAUCUCUUGAGCAAGUCACCAAUUUUGGCGACAAUCCCAGCAAUGUCGCCAUGUACAUUUAUGUUCCCACAAACUUGGCUACGAACCCGAGCAUUAUCGUUGCCAUUCACUACUGCACAGGAACAGCAGAGGCAUACUUCACCGGCUCUCCCUAUGCCACACUGGCAGAACAAUACGGCUUCAUAGUCAUCUAUCCCGAGAGUCCAUAUGAAGGCAAAUGCUGGGAUGUAAGCUCGCAAGCGACUCUGACUCACAACGGUGGUGGAAACAGCAACUCCAUUGCCAACAUGGUCACCUGGACUAUCGAGCAGUACAAUGCAGACUCCAGCAAGGUGUUUGUGACAGGUUCUAGCUCGGGCGCGAUGAUGACGAAUGUCAUGGCAGCCACAUAUCCCGAGCUAUUCGCAGCAGGUAUCGCCUACUCUGGUGUAGCCGCCGGCUGCUUCAUGUCCGCCGCCAACCAGGUCGACGCAUGGAAUAGCAGCUGCUCGCAGGGCCAGGUCAUUGCCACGCCUGAGGUUUGGGCCGGCGUUGCAGAGGCUAUGUUUCCGGGAUAUAAUGGCCCACGGCCUAAAAUGCAAAUAUAUCACGGUAGCGUUGAUGAGGCACUGUACCCGCAGAAUUACAACGAGACCUGCAAGCAGUGGGCGGGCGUCUUCGGGUAUGAUUAUGGCGCUCCACAUACUGUCGUAGAAAAUACACCUGAGGCCAACUAUGAGACCACCACUUGGGGUGACAAAUUGCAGGGUAUUUAUGCGACUGGUGUGGGGCAUACGGUGCCAAUUCAUGGGGAUCAGGAUAUGAUCUGGUUUGGACCCUAUCGGCCUAUCCCAUCUACCACCCCAAACCCCACUCACAUCGAGAGACGUAGUUCUCCCGAAGACCACGGCUCAGGAUGGUCGAAUCUCUGGGAAACAGGCGAAGACAACCUCUGGGAUAGAGGCCUGCCGUCCCCGGCACUAAUCGACCUGAUCGAGCAGCAGCAGCAAUCACCCACCAGCCUCUUCAACCCCUUCACAGCCGACGGACAACGAAAGAAGGCCCUGGUCCCGGGCUGCGGACGAGGCUACGACGUCGUCAUGCUAGCUCUCCAUGGGUUCGACGCCUCCGGCCUCGAAAUCUCCGCAAAGGCCGUCUCGGAGGCGGAAGCAUACGCCGCGUCGGCGAUGAGCCAGCCGCAGGCAUACAACUUCGGCGCGGGAUAUCAGGCUGAGAACAGCUCUCCCGGCUCAGUUAACUUCAUGCAAGGGGAUUUUUUCCAGCCAGAUUGGUCCGGCGACGAGAAAUAUGACUUGGUUUACGAUUAUACGUUUCUGUGCGCUCUCCACCCUAGCAUGCGGAGAGACUGGGCGAUGCGCAUGGCGAGCUUGGUGUCUACCGGGGGGUUGCUGGUUUGUCUUGAGUUUCCCAUGUACAAGGAUCUCGGGCUGCCUGGGCCUCCCUGGGGCUUGAAGGGUGUUCAUUGGGACUUGUUGGCUCGUGGAGGUGAUGGGCUACUCACCGAUAAUGUUGGGGAGAGGGAAACAGAUACUCAAGGGCAGUUUCAAAGAGUACUGUAUGUUAAACCGGAACGGACGUAUGAGGUGGGCAAGGGGACGGAUAUGUUGAGUGUUUAUAUGCGGAAGGAAGUAGGCCGUCUCUGGGGUACGGAGGAAUGA